UGCUCGGUUCGCCUAUAUCGACUUCUCCAAGCCUCAAUCCAAUGCUUGCUCUUACCAAUCGCUUUCCUUCCCGCCAGGUCCUUCCAAAGGUACGCGGUAUCCAUUGGCACAUUAUGUCUCUUAUCAUCGUUACACUCCUGCCUACUCCUCUUUUGUGGCUCAGCUCAGUGCCGUCUGUGAACCGUCCUCUUAUUCUGAGGUGGCUACUGUUCCGGAAUGGAAAGAUGCCAUGCGUUCUGAAUUGGAGGCCUUGCAGGCCAACGGUACCUGGACGCUUACCCCGUUGCCCCCUGGGAAGAUCCCUAUUGGUUGUAGGUGAGUUUACAAGGUCAAGCUCAAGUCUGAUGGUUCGAUUGAACGAUACAAGGCCAGGUUGGUGGCCAAGGGCUUCACGCAAUUAGCAGGUAUUGACUAUCAGGACACCUUCUCUCCUACUGCUAAAAUUGUUACGGUCCGUUGUCUCCUUGCUUUCGCUGCGUCUCGUGGUUGGUCCCUUUAUCAACUCGAUGUCAACAAUGCCUUUCUCCAUGGCAACCUGGAUGAAGAAAUUUAUAUGUCUCCACCGCCUGGGCUCCGGAGACAGGGGGAGGAGCAUUUGGUUUGUCGGUUGCAUAAAUCCUUGUACGGUCUGAAACAGGCUUCAAGGCAGUGGUUUUCUAGAUUUUCAGUAAUUCGGUCUGCUGACUUUGUGCAAUCUAGAGCAGACUACUCUCUUUUGACCAGGAGGCAAGGCAAGUCUUUUACAGUCUUAUUGAUAUAUGUUGAUGAUAUAUUAAUUACUGGCAAUGAUCCUGUGUGUAUAGCUGAUGUCAAGAAAUUUUUGCAUAAAACAUUCCGUUUGAAAGAUCUUGGCAAUUUAAAGUAUUUUCUUGGCAUUGAAGUGUCAGCAUCUAAGAAAGGGAUAUUUAUUUGUCAGCGCAAGUAUGCGUUAAAAAUUAUAAAAGAUGCAGGGUUAUUGGGUGCUGCUCCUGUUGACACACCCAUGGAACGUGGAUUAAAGUUGUCAGAUAAGACUGAGUUACUCAAAGAUCCAGAGAAGUAUAGGCGUUUGGUUGGAAGAUUGAUUUAUCUCACAGUGUCAAGGCCGGAUAUUACAUAUCCUGUUCAUAUAUUAAGCAGGUUUAUGCAUCAGCCUCGAAAAGCUCAUUGGGAAACAGCUUUGCGAGUGGUACGCUACCUCAAGUCAGCUCCUGGUCAAGGCUUGUUCUUUUCCUCAAAUAGUGAUCUUCGGCUACGAGCCUUUUGUGACUCAGAUUGGGCAGGAUGUCCACUUACAAGAAGGUCUACUACAGGGUAUUGUGUGUUCCUAGGGCCUUCUUUAAUUUCAUGGAAGUCAAAACGUCAGAAAACAGUCUCUCUUUCUUCAGCUGAAGCAGAGUAUCGUGCUAUGACAGGAGCUUGUUGUGAAUUAACUUGGCUACGUUAUUUGCUUCAAGACUUGGGGAUUUUACACCAGGAAACGACAUUGCUCUAUUGUGACAACAAGGCUGCUUUACAUAUAGCAGCAAAUCCAGUGUUUCAUGAACGUACAAGGCAUGUAGAAAUGGAUUGUCACUAUAUCAGGGAUAAGAUUCAAGAUGGUUCAGUGGAGACACGAUUUGUGAGUUCUGGAAAUCAACUGGCUGAUGUUCUAACUAAAGCUCUUGGCAAGGAGGAUUUCGAACUUAUGAUUCGCAAGUUGGGUGUGCAGGAUAUCCACUUUCCAACUUGAGGGGGAGUGUUGGAAAGAAGAGCAAAAUUAGCAUCUUGUAU